AUGGAAACCGGGCUAGAUCAACUUCCGCCCUUUUGUGGGCGAAAUACAAUCCGCUUCCGCAGCUUCCGCUUCCGCCGCUGAGGUGUGCGUGUGGGGGUUAGAACUCAAAGGCGGUCUAUGCUCCUCCCGCGCGCCGCGGUGAUUGGGCGCCCCAAGUCUCGCGGCCCACUAUUGGCUUACAGAACCUCGCGACGCCCGGAGCCCUUGUGAGUAGCGGGUGGGUAACCCCUCUCGCUCUCUUUUUUUCCUGGAGCGCAGCGGCAGGAGCACGGUGAGCGGCCUCGGGGAGCGUGGUGGGUAGGCCUGGGUCCUCUCGGGAAGGGCUUUCGGCGCGCCCGAAGGCUGGCGGCCCAGUCUCCCGCCGCCCCUGGUGCGCCUGGCCUGGCGUCUCCCGUCCCGCUGGGCCAAGAGCUCUUCCAGGCCGGGGAUGCUCUUCCAGGAGGCGCGCGGGGAGCCGUCUUCCAUGUCUCAUGAGGCGGAAGAGGAGAGACGGGGGCCUGGCCUGCGCUAAAAGCCCCGUGUUCUCGUUACCAAAGCCGUAAUAAAGUAUACACCCCCCCCCAAUCGCCACGUCAACUUUAAAAUGUGCUUUGGGCACAAGGCGAAGAAAAUUUAUGUAUUAUUGCGAUAGCAAUGUUCCGUUUUCCAAAUUGCGCGUCAAGUUUAAAAUGCGCUUUGCGUUAUUCCCAUGGGCACAAGGAAAAGAAACUUCUUUCUGUCCUAUACAUAUUUAUUACAUUUCCCAAGCUUAGAACAGGCUAAAAGAAAUACAUGGUGAAAUAGUGUGUAUGGUUUCUUAGAAUUCGUUCCCUCUGCUUUCAGUGGAGCCUACUCCUAAGUAAAGUUUUGCACAGGACUGCAGCCGCCUUGUUUAAUUCUCUAUGUUUACUUGGAAGUAAAGCCUGCUGUUAUAAAAUUUGUUAAAAGGUUUUUGUUCCCCAUUGAUCCACAGCUAUGGAAGAGAUAACAAAAAUAAAAAUGGGCCUUGGUUGGAGAAGAUUUAAAAGGGGAGAAUGUAAUUGUUAUUACUCUUGUUUUGUAAAAAUGCUUCGUAAAUGGCAAACAAGCCUUAAACUAGAAUAUACAUUGGACAAGAAACCUGUAGGCAUUUCAAAACUAGAAAUGUUCUCCCUGCUGCAGCCUUCGUCCACUUUAAACAAAAAUAAAAAAUAAAAUACAGUAGCAUUAUUGUUGAUAAUAAAGUUGUCGUUGGGUUAUAUGGUGUGCUGCAGAGUAAAAUGCACAAAGCACCUUGGCCUAAAUAUGUAUAAAUACUUCAGUAAGUAUGAACCACCAACCAUAUUCUAAGCUGCAGCUCAGAAUUUGAUAGACGUGGUACAAAUGGAAAAGAAUGUGAAGGAAAUGCAAGUGUAGGAGCAAAUGCAGAUUGAUGGGGUUUGAUGGAUAUUGCCUUGAUGCCCUAUAGCUCUUGAAUUCCUGACCUGUAGCAGAGGUCAGAAAAUACUUCUCUUGCAGCUGUUCCUUCUCUGGCUGCUGGAUGGGGCCAGGUUUGUUGUUAUUUUUGCCAUAAUGUUCUUCCUGGGAGGCAGCCUUCCAUUGGUCCUUGGGAUGGUUACAGAGGUCAAAAUGUGCCUCCUUUCAGCUCUGGUUAAACUUCCUAAAGGUGAGCACUUCAGGUAGGGUCCCCCCCCCAACUCAAAAGCUUGCCAUGACUUUGCUUGGUCUUAAUACUGCCCAACUGGGUGUAUUGGGAGUUCCCCCUGCUCCUGAACUGGCAUUAAUGCAUACUGGUCUUUGCUGCUUCCCCCACCCCUCUCUUCUGUAGAUGCCUGGAGUAACCGUAAAAGACGUGAACCAGCAGGAAUUUGUGAGGGCCCUUGCAGCCUUCCUCAAAAAGUAAGUUGCCUGAAAAAUGAAUUGGCAGUUAAGAGCUAGUCCCAUGGAUUUGAUAAGGGGAUUAACUGCACUUGUUAGUUAAAAAGAAGGGAGUACAGCCUACCUGCCCUCUUCUGCUAAUUGCUUUGUGUAUGUAUGUAUGUCUUUACUGUGCUAAGAGCGCAACACUUAGCCAAACAUAAGGAAAUGCUUCCUUUGGUGUAGUGAUGGCUCAUCUAAUGGAGCACUCUGUCUAGUAACAUAAUUUUAAAAGGGUGCUUAGGUACAGCUAGUUGUGCCAGAAUGAGGAUUGCGAAUAAGAACCCGAAGCCAUUGAAAGCUUUGCAGUGUGGAUAGAUGGCAUCUUGUGGACGGCUGGGGUUCCUGAUUUCAGCAAAUAUCCCUUUAGGAACAGGACAUUUGUUUUGAGGUUUAUACAUUCAUGAGUCUUGGCAGACACAAUGCUUGAAGUGUGUAUGUGAUAAGGGAGCCCCCCCCCCCCGUAAAACUAAACUUUAAAAAAUAAACAGUGACUUGCUCAUUUAAUCAGUGAUACCCUUUUAUCUGAUCAGGUUUUAGUCAAUCUAAAUGUAGUCUUAAGCAUGCCUUGUGGGAUCUGUAAGUGGAAGUGCAGUUGUCCAGGCCAUCUUUUGUCCUGAGCACAGAUGCAUCAUUUGCUUCGUUCCUGGGUGUGACUGUAGAUGCAGCUGUUCAUCACUUAGUUGUAUCUGACUGUGUUUUCUUCACAAGGUAGAGAGUAUGUGUUAGUUUUUAGAUAGUUUUAAGGUAGAUUGUGCUUUGCUUUGGCAGUCUUGUGGCAGUCCAACAAACAAGUUGGAUGGUAAACUUUCAAAUAAAUAGAAGAAAAGCAGGGAUAAAACAGAGACACUAAUGGGACAAAGGCUAAACUUGCUCUUUGUUCCUCCAUCCAAACUCCAGAUCCAGGGUGGGUGUUGUCUUCUCUUGAUUUUGUUCAUGGUAGCAGCCUGUGCACUUGGAGGUACUAGAACUCAAAUGGAACCAUUAAGAACAGACUCGGUUCUCAUCCAUUUCUCAUCUGCCUCGCCCUGCCCUGGGUUCUGUUUUAUGGUCACAGCUUUAUUUUUAUUAUUCUGAUUGUUUAUAACCUGCCUUUUUUCAUGAUUGGAUUCAAGGCAGUUUACAGAUAAAAACAAUAACUCUUUAAAACAUAGAAAAACCAAUAAUUAAAAAUAGAAUUAAACAUUGAUAUAAUUGAAACUAUAUACAACAUAUUUAAAAUUUGUUUAAAACAUACCAGUAAUUACAAUAAAAGCAGCACAGCACCAGCCCACCCUUUCAUUAAAAGCAGUUAAUUCCCGAAGGACUGUUGGAAUUGUUGACAGCAAGGAGGGAGCCAGCCUAGCUUCUCUAGGGAGGGAGUUCCAAAGUCAGCAGCCACCGAGAAGGCCGCCUCCUGCAUCCCCACCAAGCAUGCCUGAGAUUGUGGCGGGACAGAAAGAAGAGCCUUCCCAAAAGAUCUGGGUUUUGAACCCAGGCAGGUUCACAUGAGGGAAUACUGUCUUUCAGGUACUUUGGACAUAAGCUAUGUGGGGCUUUACAGGGGAUAACCAGCACUUUGAAUUGUGCCCAGAAAUAGACCAAUAACCAGUGGCGUUGUUCCUAGUAUAACCAGUCUCAUAACCAGCCCCGGUCAACAAUCUAGCUUCAGCUCUUAGAGCCAAUGGACAUUUCCGAGCACUUUUCAAAGGCAGCCCCAUGGUAGAGUGUGUUACAGUAAUCCAGAUUACUGUAAACCCUGAAACCACACAUUCUAAUAGCUUACCCCAAAAUAGGAUAUUGGAGGCUGGCCAAUAAUUAUCCGGUAAAGUGGAAUUCAGGGAGGACUUUUUCAAUAGGGUCACUAUAACCACUGCCUUCAGCCAGUCUGCCGUUGGCCCUUUUGAUGAGCCAGAUAGGGCAAAGAUCUAGCACACGUGGUAGCUCUCACAUUUCCAGGCUAUAUAACUUGAAAAGUAUCCAUUAACACUGGACUCGUAUCAGUUAUAGCAUCCAAGUCAGGACAGAUCUGAGCAAUUUUGUCAGCAAAGUGCUUGAGCAAAUAGUUCACAGUGGGCCAUUGAGUGGUCCACGUUUUCAUGUUCCACGUUUUCAGCUCUACAGGAUGGCUCUUCGCUGACACAUGAAUAGGUCUUCAAAGAAGAGAUUCUAGCCUGUGUUUGGUCAGGCUUAUUCCAAGUUUUCUGCCAAUAUCAGCUACACAUCUUCAAAUACACUCAAACGCAGCAGACUGCAGGAGAGGGCACUUGGUCAGGGGGAUGCAGUCAUGAUAGACCACUGUGAUUCUGGCCUCCCCCCCCCCCCCCGGCCUUGCUUGCUGUUGUACAGAGAAUGCCGGUGGGCAACUUCAGCUAAUCAAGUCUCUUAAUUCAAGCCUAAUCAGCAUUCUUUUGCAGGAUCAAGUCCUGGGUAGCAGUUGUAUCCCAUUCACCGACCUGGCAGCAUGUAAUGGAACAUCGAUUAAUUAGCUUUUAUUUUUAUAUGGUUAUGUUUGUAGGAAGACGUUUUAGGGUCAGAACAGUCCUUUGAGGAUUUGACUAAGGAAUAGUGACUCUGCUGGUUUCAUAAGUGGUGGUUUCAAAUACAAAAGCUAUUGGCGCUGCCUUAGAAGAGGCCUUUCUCCUUUAUUCACAACAGGAGAGAGUUCCUCCUUUGAUUCAGGUGCGGGGAACAUCCAUAGCUCAGUGGUAGAGCAUCUGUCUUGCAUACAGAAGGUCCCUGGUUUAGAACAGUUCUUUCUCUCUCUUUCAUUCAUUCUUUCAGAGGUAUGGUUUUUUUUUUAAGUUGCCCCACUCUUAAGCCAAAAGGGACUCUUAAAGUGGUUUUCACAUCAGUAAAAACAAGACAGGACCCUGCCCUUAGGCUGCCCUUAGACAUGACACAAAAGGAAAGUUAAUUGGGAGGGAGUGGGAAAUAUGCAAACUUAGGUACCAGUUAUUUGUUACAAGGUGGCAGGUGACGAGGGAGGAGGGACUGGACACCCCUCAUCUCUUUUUGCCUCCCAUUUGCUGCAGCUUGAUGGAAUUGCCCCAGUCAAGUGAAGUCUUAAGGCUGGAAGCUGUUCAUGCAGAACAUGUGAGGAUCUAGCAAAUGAUAGUUCAGUGAGGCAUGGGUUUGAGCACUUGUCUUCUGGUGACGAGCCCUUUGAGCAAAAGUGAUAGCUUGGCUGAAAUAAAAUUACUGCUGCUUAUUUGUAUGGUGAUAACUGGUGUUUGAAUUGUUCUUGCAGGUCAGGUAAACUGAAAGUACCUGAAUGGGUGGACACAGUCAAGCUAGCCAAGCACAAGGAACUAGCUCCAUAUGAUGAGAACUGGUUCUACACCAGAGCUGGUAAGGAACUGGGCAGAUAUAGUAACAUGCAAAUAUGGUGCAACGUCUGUCUUUUUAAGAACAAAGUUCAUAAUUGUUUUUAACAAUCCAUGAUUGUCUGCAUAAGUGUUGCGUUGCAUAUUGCAUCAGAGGGACCAAGAUAGAUCCUGCCACUCAGAUCUAUUAAGGGCACCACUUUUGGAAUGAGAAUGUUGUAGGAUAAGUGCAGUGCAUUAACUCACUGGUUUGGCACCUGACAACUUCAUGAAAAUGAGAUGCAAAUUACGUUGAUUAUAUACAGCUAAUGGUAAUGCUUGCCAUUUAUACAGCAAAAUGUAAGUGCUUGAAGCAGUUCACGUACAUUAUUAGCAGCAGCAUCAAUGCACAUGGUACUUUAUAGGCAUUUUAUAAGGGAAAAUGGGUCACUGCCUCCAAGGAGCUUACAAUAAGAGGGAUAACAUGGAGAGUGAGACAUGUAGGACAAAGAGUGGAUAUGAGCAGAUACAGUUAACAUGUGUAGCUUAGUGUCAUUAUCCCAAUAAUCCUUAAAAUUCCUCAUGCCUCUUUAUCCAGCAUAGUUGAAAAUGCUUGAGUUUGGUGUGCAGUUAGGGGGAGUUUGGAGAUGACAACUUCUUGGGGGAUAGCUAGUGUUCUGCUCAAGGAAAUGAGCCCUCUUGGCACCAUAAAAGAAAAACAUUAACUAUUUUCAUUGAUAGGGCGAGUGUGUCUUCCCUGAUGUAGACCAUGAAUAGUUAACUGUGUGCUUGUGAUGGUGCAUUAUUAGCUCCCCUGUGCUAGCCACGCCUACUUAGAUAGAUGACACAUUGGAUAGACAUUAUGCAGCAUUUACAUGUUUCAUUAAGAGCAAGUUACUGGGGUUCUAAAGACAUGAAUCAAUUGCUUGCUUUUACUUCUUUUUCCAGCUCUCCUGAUCUUCUCAGGAUUAUUACUAGAGGUCUUGCCACCUCACAGCACCCAAUCUCUGUCAGUGCUGGGUGCUGAGGCAGUGCGAUUUUUCACAGGCUCAAGUCAUGUGCCUUUUGAUUUGCUUGCCCAUAGAAGGAGGAAGACACAAACAAGUGUUGGUAGCCGGCCAAGCAAUCUGUCUUGGUUUUCUUCCUGCUGCCCCCCAAGGCCCAAGAUAGUGUUGUUCCUGACUUUAGGCAGCUCCUAGCAACAGUUGGAGAGCUUUAGAGUUGCUCUUUGUGGAGAUCUUGCACUGUUCAUUCACAUGUCGCUAGAAUGCCUUCUCAAAUGCACACAUCUGUUUGUAUUCAUGGUAAAUAACGCAAACCAAUUAUCUAUCUUUUCAUGUCUCGCUUUCUAAAUGCCCCUCCACUGUGGCGAUGAUUUACAGGGAAGCUCUAAAGUCCUAUGUGCUUUUCUCUCGCAGCACUACCGCAGUGAUGUCUAUUAAGUGCCGUAUUCCCAGAUGUUGUCUUGCUGCUGUAACUGUUUUAGCGAAAUGAAGGCUUGAGAGGUUGCCUUGCGGCAAUAUGGCCUUAGGCUGUGUCUGUUUUUGUCUGCUUGAACGGUGGCCUCAAAGGACAAAGCAGGUGGCUCUGUACAAAAGCAGCCAUGGCGGUGAAAAGUGCUCUGCCCUCCGUGCUACAUUCUGCACUACCCUGUAGUCCUGUUCUAGGUCUAAAUUGGGGUUUUUACACCAUUUCUUGUUCUCAAGUGAUAUUAACAGUAUGGUGCUCUGUUGUUUCUCUGGAGUUGCCACACUGUGUUUGGCUAAGGUUCCUCCAGCUAGAUGAUCUUAGGCUGACGACAAUUGUGCUCAUUAACAGUUCGCAUGCUACUGUUGGCUACUUUUGUGUGGUUCCUUCCUUCUUUAACGGGAGUAAUGCAUUCAAGCAUGCAGCCAACUUAGUGUGGCUUCUCAUUCUGGAGAUGUUCCCCAGCUGGAAUUGGGAGUUCUCGGCUCGUAUAUCACACUGCUCAAAUAAGUACACCAGCCUUCUUCAGAUCAGUGCCCUCCAGAUACUUGGAGCUACAAACCUGUUUCAGCUCCAGCCAGCACAGCUGAUGGUUAGGAAUGGUGGAAGGCUUUCUCGGAGACAUCUGAAGGGCACCAGGUUUGAGAAGCGUGGAGUACCCUAUUCCUGUGAGUAAAAACAUGAGUGGUGUGCAAGGCAACCUUUUGAACCAGGAGGGUUUUUAUAACGGGUCAGUCAGUGUAUAGAAAACUUACUUUGCGGCUGUAUCUGGUGUAGGAAGACAAAGACAAAAUGUUUUGAUUGAAAUAAACAGGAAGAAGAGUCAGGAAGUGAUGUGUUGUUUGUGUUUUGGUUUGUUUGCAGCAUCCACAGCUCGCCAUCUGUAUCUCCGUGGUGGUGCCGGAGUCGGCUCCAUGACCAAGAUCUACGGGGGCCGCCAGCGCAACGGCGUAAUGCCCAGCCACUUCAGCAGAGGCUCCAAGAGCGUUGCUAGGAGAGUGCUGCAGGCUUUAGAAGGGCUCAAAAUGGUGGAGAAAGACCAAGAUGGGUGAGUCUCGGUACCAAAAGGACGCAGAGAACUUGUGCGACUCGGUAGCCCAAGAAUUACACCUAUAAGGGAGAAAACUGCUGCAGGGUAUCAUGGCCGCUUGCCCCUCUUGCAAAAACUUCAGGUUGUACUCAACACAUUUUUACUUGGAGUAGGAUCUCUGAAAUCAACAAGCCUAACCACAUCGUGUCCAUUGACUUAAGUGGGUCUACUUUGAGUAGGAGUAUAAUUGCCUACAACCCAUAACGUGCCACAGCUGACAACAUGCAGAGGUCCAUUCAUCAGAACUUGCUUAUAUUACUCAUGAUGGCUGCAUAGAGCCUUCAUGUUCAGAGGCAGUGUUAUCACUCAGUAUUAGUUGCUUGGGAAAACAGCAGAAGGUGGCCAUGACCUUUGGUGCCCUAUGAUUUGGCCACCAGGAAGCCUCUGACUAACCAUGGAUCAGAAUUGCUGGACUAGGUGCACCCUUGGUUUCAUCAAGGAGAAGCCUUAUGUUCACUAAAGGUUCCAUCGAUCCAUACUUUCAUGUGUGGAUUAGUUAUGUGCUGCAUUGCCUAUUGGAAGGUGCUGAAGCCUAGUAUAUUUAUGUGGGGCAUUUAGGGCUAUGGGGUGAGGUUGUACACGUUCCUUGAAAAAGAUCAUAAAUCUGCUGGGUGAUGGUAACUAGGGCAGAGAAUUUCCCACAGUAGCGACAGAAUUGCCUUUCUAAAAAUGCUGAUACUGGUCACUGCUUUCUUUCAGAGGUCGCAAACUUACUCCUCAGGGGCAACGAGAUCUGGACAGGAUUGCAGGACAGGUAACCUUUUUUUCACAUGAAUCAUUUCUACAAGAGUAGCCGUGUUAGUCUGUUGCAGCAACACCAAGGAAAAGCCUUGUGGCACCAUAAAGCAUUCUUGUAAAUAGCUCCCUGCCUGCAAGCCGUUAGAAUUCUAUUCAGGGAACCAACCUGGACAUUUUUUUAAAGUCCCACCCCCCCCUUUUCAAGGCACAGAAAAACAACCUGUUCAACGUGGGCAGGCUAGAUUGUGUAAAAAUUUGCAGAUCACUUAAUUUUGUAGAGUACUUUUGCAAAAGUGCCUGUUGCAUAAGUUUUAUUUAAAAUAUUUUAGGGUUGCUUUUUGGCAUAUGCCUUUCCAAUGUGGUUUUACAGUCGAAACAGUUAAGGAAAAGGAAAACAACAAUACAAAUUUUUAAAUUCUGCUGUUGUUUAGGAAAUCACAUUCUGAAAUAAAUGCAAGAGGCUUUAAGAUACUAGAAGCAUCUUCUGUUUCUGCCACAAAAAACUGUUCUCGGUUGCAGGGUAGGAGAAGGAAUGCUGGAAAUGAAUCAUAAUUUUCCCCCCAGUUGCUUUGGCUUGAAAGUGUUUCUAUUACUUAAAGAAUUGCACUAUCUUACUUGAAAUGCUUCACAACGAAAGGAAAAUUGAACAGAGAGUGAGUGAGUUAGGAUCAACAACUUGCGAGAUCAUUUCAGCAAAAGUUCUGCUGUCGCAUAAAGCGAAUCCCUAGCAGCCUGCCUCUCUUCAAAACUCAUUAGAAAGAGCUGUGUUGUGUAGAUCUCCGCAGCUUUAGAUUUGUUCCUUAAAAAUUUACUUGAUAAUCUCUCCCCAAUAAAACUCUUUUUAACAGCCCCAGUGCCAUCAGAUAAAGUGCCUGAAUGAUGUUGCAUUAACUAGCUCUCUGUUGACAUUUACAAUGUACUGUGGAUGAAUUAUUCCUUGCAAACGGUUGCCUUUACAAAUACAUAGAAGUUAUUAAGUGCAGCAUGUCCAAGCAAGUACCAGAAUGAAAAAUCACACAGAGUUGAUAGAUGUCUCUCAUUUCUAGCGGUUGAGCUAGACUGUGAAUCUGAGUAUCUUGAAAUUUUCCCUUAUCGGUUCUUUCAAAAUUACAGCGCUCCAUAUAAAAAAGAGCAUGUUGAAGGAACUCCAGUUCAGCUGCUAGUUAGCCGAGUUCAGUUGGUGACUGAAUUUAUCGUUAUAUAAUUCUGAAGGGGCAGGCCUUGCGUUCUGUAAGGAGGCAUGGAUUUCUCAUCCAGAAGCUGUGGGUGAUGUAGACCAAAAUGCGUAUGUAGAACCCAGCUCCUCCUAGGCUGUUUUAUGUGCCAUCUAUAUAAACUGUCAGUGUUCAGGCCAAUGGAUUGUGCCUUUCUUCAUAGAAUUGUAGAGUUGGAAGGGGUCCCAGUGGUCAUUUAGCCCAACCCGCUGCACUCCACAGACAUGACAGGAAGCAUGUCAUGGUGCUAUGUAACAUUGAGUUGUGCCUUUUCCCCUGCCAAAGAUCAGCUUUCCCACCUUGGUGUUUUCCAGGUGUUUUGGGGUAUAACUCCAUCAUCCCUGCCAUUGACAGUGCUGGCUGUGGCUGAUGGGAGUUGCAGUCCAAAACAUGUGCAGAAAGUUGGACUAAAUGUAAGUCUUGCAUGGUUUCCCCACCAAAAUACAGACCUUUUUCUCUUUUCUUUUCUAGGUGGCAGCUGCAAACAAGAAACAUUAA